AUCAUGAUAUCACGGAUGGAAUAGCAAUCACAAGAAGCUGUAUGUAUGAUGAAACAGAUCCAACUAAAUGGCAACAAGAUAAAGUCUGUCUCGAUGGUGAGAUGAAAAACAAAUAUGAAAAUGCUGUUGCGGAGAAAAUUGUAGAAGAUCUACAACCAAAGCAAAAUCAUAAUGUGAAUUCAGCACCAGAAAAGGAAACACCAGUAAGGAGAAAGCGAGUUUCUAAAUAUUCUCAUAAUACAAUUAAAAAGCAACCAGUAAUGAGAAUUGGAACUCAACAGGAUAUUGCCAACCUUCCAGCUGUUGUUCCCAGAAGACAGCGUUCGAAAGAAGGUGAGAUGAAAGACAAAUAUGAAAAUGCUGUUAUGGAGAAAGUUGUAGAAGAUCUACAUCCAAAUCAAACUUGUAAUGUGAAUUCAGCACCAGAAAAUAAAAUACCUGAAAGGAGAAAACUAGUUCCCGGACAAUAUAAAAUUAACAAUCAACCGGUAAAGAGAAUUGGAACUCAACAGGAAAUUGACAACCGUUCAGUUGUUGUUCCCAGAAGACGUUCGAAAGUAAAGCAGAAGGUUGAAAGAAUUGAGACAAAAAUGGAUGAAGGUAUUGCAGAAAAAGUCAAGAAUGCUUUGAAAGGUGGUACAGUAAGUUUAAACACAGAUGGCAACUCUAUCAGGAUAUGGGAUUUUGGAGGUCAACCAAUUUACCACAGCAUUCUUAGGUUCUUCUUGACGCCAGAAGGCAUUUUCAUUAUCGUUUUUAAACUUACGGAUGACCUGAAUGCUUUUACUGUCAUCGAAGACUCAAAUGGAAAAACACGUAAAUACUACAUGACAAAUCUGCAGCAUCUUUUGUACUGGAUUCGAUCGUCUUACACCUAUAGUUCAAGAAGUACCCGUGAUCAUGUUCUCCAACUGGAUCUCCCAGCAUGCAUCAUUGCUGGUACUCAUAGGAACUCUCUUGGUGAUACCGAAGAAGAGAGAGAGAGGAAGGUCAAGCAACAGUUUGAUCUAAUCCGUAAUGCAAUCAAAGGCAAGGUAUAUGAGUCACAUGUAUACCCAACAUACUUUGAUGUUGAAAAUCAACUGUCAUCAUCGGAUAAAAACAUUGGCAAAAUGAAAGAAGUCAUCCUGAAAAUCAAGAACAGAAUGAAGAGGACUAUUCCCAUCAAAUGGUUUGAGUUCUUGAUGAAACUCCAGGAAAUAAGUGCAGAAAACAUAACACUUCCAUUGGAAGAGGUUAAAUCUAAAGCCAGAGAAUGUGGAAUUAAGGAUGACAAGACUAUUGACCUUGCAAUUGCAUACUUUAGUGAUGUUGGUGAAAUCAUGCAUCACCCAAUGGAUGAAGCAUUACGUGAUACAGUUGUGCUUCAACCAAUGAGAUUGGUUGACUAUGUUAGAACUGUGUUUACAGUUAUGAAACCAGAACUUAGAGAUGCAACUCUACAGAAUGAAUGGAGGGAUUUAGAGAAAGGUGUUCUUAGAAAGAGUUUACUGAAACACCUUUGGAGGAAUUUCCCAGUGUUCUCUGAUGACAAGGAUGAGAAGAUGCUAAAUUUUUUCAUCGCUUUAAUGAAGAAAUUUGGACUCAUCUGUCAACGAAAGACACCACAGAUUAUUGGGACAGAUAACAGCAUUUUUUAUGCUUUCUCGCACAUACAACCUGAUCCAGAGAAAAGAGUCAUGAUAGAUGAUCAGGGACCUGACAGGGUGUCAAUCUUUCAUGAUUUCUGCGGCUUUCUACCUGACUUUGUAUUCCAGGAAGCUGUGACAAGGUUUAUUGAAGCGUUUCUUGUAGAAAAUGCUAAUCCUGAACUUGCAUAUGAAUAUGUUGAGUUGGACAUUGACGCUCAACAUCGUGUGAGUCUAGCAGUGGCUACUAUCAAACACCGCCGCAUGUUCAAGACAACAAUUUUGAGAAGGCAACUGAGUGAUGCAACUGAUGUCACAGAACCAGAACCUGAAACAUGUAAGAAGGUUUUGACAUUUCUUCAAUCAGUCUUCGAUGCACUUUGUCAGACUAGAGAACGUAUGCAAUACAAGACUUGCAUACCUUGUGGUUGCUCUGACAACUUCCAGCACAUGCAGAUCAUUAAGGAUUUCAACAAUGAUGCAAUUCCUUGUGGAUCAGUUUCAUGGAGCAUCAAACGCUACUGUCAUUUAUUUGGAGACUCAAAUGAAGCUACUGUAACACGUUCACAACCUGAUCAACGUCCUUUGGAAGAUGUAGAGCUACUGAGUAUUUGUAAUUCACUGGACAAGGACUGGAAAGAGCUAGCAUUGCACCUUAAAUUAACUAGGCCAGAACUUGACUACAUUGAAAGUGACAACAAUCAAGUGAAGGAUGCUAUGAUGGCGAUGCUUGUGAAAUGGAGGGAUCGCCAACCACCAGAUAUCAACCAGAUGCAAGUUAUGUGUGAUGCACUGAAGCAAGCAGGAUAUGUUCGUAUUGCUGGUGAAUUGAUGGGCAAAAGUCACUCAGCUGUCUUACAUGACAAUGACUUGCUGUCUGUUCGUGAAGGCCUUGGUACAAACUGGGCACGAUUUGCAGUUUGCCUUGGAUUUAAUUGGCAGGAAACUCAACUGCUUAGAGCAGAACAUCAUAAUUCUGACCUUAAUGCAUGUAUGGACAUGUUGACUAAAUGGAAGAAACGUCAGUCCUCUGAGAUCAAUCAAGUCAAUGUAAUGUGUGGACUACUAGAAGUGCAGGGUUUCCUUGCAGUAGCCGAUCAGUUGAGACGUGUUGUGCAUUCAGAAGGUUUUCUAGAUGAUACUGCCUUUGCGCUUAUCAGUGAAAACAUUUGUGCAGAUUGGGAUAAAGUUGCAGUUAAACUUGGCAUAGGAUGGCAUUCAAUAGAAGCUUUUAGAAAGGAAUGUUGUGGCCGCGAAUUCAAAGCAUCAAUGGACAUGCUGACGACAUGGAGGAUUCGUCAGUCAAGUGACAUCAAUCAACUUAAUGUGAUGUGUGAGAUACUAAAUGGGAUGGGGAGAAAUGACGUUGUUGAGCAGCUGAGAAAAAAAUAUGCAUCGUAAAUGUUAAGACAGCAUAGGACCACUAUCAGUACUAUAAUAUCUUGAGAGGGACCCAGAUCAUAUUCCUGCCAAUGGCAUUGUCCUUGGGUUCUUGGUUAAGACAAUUCAUUCUUAGUACCUUGUCCUUUGGAUGGGACAUUAAACAUGCGCUGCAAAUGUCCAUGAAAGAGAACUAGGUACACUAUUCAAAAAUAGUUCUAGUUUAUACAGACCAUAUUUUGUAUACUGUAUUCAUGUACAUUUUACAUGUUUUGUACUUAAAUAAAUGAUACAUUCCUUAAAAAUAGCCCUAUUCCAUAUUUUAUUAGAUUGAUUAAUGUAAAGUAAUUUUAUAUGUAAUUAAUUAUCGAGUAAAGUCUCUGAUCAUUGCUGCAUGGUUUUUUUUUUUUUAUGUAAAUAAUGAAUUUUAAAUAAUGAAUUUUUCUUAAUCUAAAUUUUUCCCAUGUUAAUGGUU